AUGAUUCGUGAUUUCAAUAUUGCAAAAGAUCCUGCUGAUAUCGCAACAUACUCGGGUUAUUUAUCCGCCGCCUUUUCGUUCUUCCAAUUUUUAUGUUGUGUUCAAUGGGGGAAAGCUUCUGACAGUGUAGGUAGAAAAAGGAUCUUAUUAUGUGGGUUAGUGGGUACUGCAUUCUCGAUGCUUUUGUUUGGAUUCUCUCCGAAUUUUUACAUGGCCAUGUUUGCUAGAUGUCUAAUGGGAUGUCUUAAUGGAAAUAUUUCAGUUAUGAGAACUGCUAUUGGAGAAGUUGCCACCGAAAGAAGACACCAAGGUAUUGCUUUUACUUCGUAUUCUUUAUUGUGGAACAUUGGUGCUGUUCUUGGUCCUAUGAUCGGAGGUUCAAAGUAUUUAACAAGACCCAAGUCAAGAGAAGACGAUUUGGACGAUGGACUGCUCAUAGCCAGAUUUUUUAUGAACACUUUCGAAAAUUCAGGAAACGAUAAUGCCUACGAAAGAUUUCUUAAUAAGUUCCCAUAUGCAUUAUCCAAUAUAGUAGUUGCCAGUUUCCUAGCAUUUAGUUUUAUUAUGGGAUUCUUAUUCCUUGAAGAACCCAAUGAACGAUUCAAACACAGAAAGGAUAUCGGGUUAGAAAUUGGAGAUUUCAUAUUAAGAAGAUUGGGGUUUGAAGUUCCAGUAAGACCAUGGAAAAGAGGAAACCAAAAUGUGCGUGAAGAAACUCCCUUAAUAAAUGACACUCCGGAAGAAUUAUACGCGACCACUCUCAGCGAUGACGAAGACGAUGCUUCAAUUAGCUCGUUCGUGCCAGUAUCAAGGAAGUAUUCGUCCGCAGUUGCCAGGAGGUAUUCCUCCAAUCAAUUGGGUCCAGUUAUUUCCAAUGAUGGUAGAUCUAUUUUGACAACUAACAUCCCACAAUCAUUUUCAAGAGAUAUAUUUACUCCUGCAGUUAUCCAAAGUAUUGUAAGUAACUUCCUUAUCUGUUUCCAUAAUGUUAUUUAUAGUGAGUUCUUACCGGUUUUACUAGCUGCAGAAUUGCUUCCUAAAGAAUUAGAAUUUCCUUUCAAAAUAGUUGGUGGUUUCGGAUAUGAUAACAAUAUGAUUGGGAACUUACUUUCAAGUACUGGGCUCAUUGCUGCCUUUGGUAUCCUAAUUCUUUACCCAUACAUCGAGCGAAACGUCAAAACUAUCAAUAUUUUAAGAUUUUCUUCCAUCUUUUACCCAAUUGCUUAUUUCAUCUUACCAUACUUAGUCUUCACUCGUUCUCAAUAUAACCCAGAAAAUCCAGAAUGGUUAACCAAACUAUUACUUUAUUUGGUUUGUUCCUUAUAUGCAUGUGCAGCCUCCAUUGGAUUCCCAACUAUUUUAGUCUUGCUACACAGAGCUUCUCCAGCAAAACAUAGAGCAUUCAUCAAUGGUACUACCUUGAGUAUGACUUCCUUAUCUAGAUUUGUUGGUCCAAUUAGUUGGGGAUAUUUUAUUGCCUAUAGUGAUCGGAAGGAAGUUGCUGAAUUAUCUUGGUUCGUUUUGGGAGUCGUGGCUUGUGGAUGCUGUUUGCAAAAUUUCUACAUGUCUGAUCACGAAGAAGAGGACGAGGAACACAACCACAAUGAAGAUGAGAACUAG